AUGUCCUUCGCCGCCGCUGUCGCCCGCAGCUCGCUCAAAAUCAGGCCUACUGGCGCCCGCGCGUUUGCUUCGUCCGCGACGAGGCGCCAGGCGGUGCCGACGGAGAAACCGGUGCUCAAGAAACAAUUCAAGAUCUACCGUUGGGACCCUGAGGAGCCCGCCAAGAAGCCGACCCUGCAGACCUACGAGGUCGACUUGAACCAGUGUGGGCCUAUGAUUCUCGACGCUCUGAUCAAGAUCAAGAACGAGGUCGACCCUACACUCACUUUCCGUCGCUCUUGUCGCGAGGGUAUCUGCGGCUCCUGCGCCAUGAACAUUGAUGGCCAGAACACGCUUGCGUGUCUCUGCCGUAUCGACCGCAACGAGAAGAAGGACACCAAGAUUUACCCCUUGCCUCACAUGUACAUCGUCAAGGACCUCGUACCCGACCUUUCCCUCUUCUACAAGCAGUACAAGUCUAUUCAACCCUACCUGCAGAACGACAACCCGCCCGAAAAGGGCGAGUACCUGCAGAGCCAGGAGGACAGGCGAAAGCUUGACGGCCUUUACGAGUGCAUCCUCUGCGCCUGCUGCUCGACUUCUUGCCCGUCCUACUGGUGGAACCAGGACGAGUACCUCGGCCCGGCCGCGCUCAUGCAGGCCUACCGCUGGAUCGCCGACUCUCGUGACUCGUACACGAAGCAGCGUCUGGAGAAGUUCCAGAACGAGCUCAGCCUGUACCGUUGCCACACGAUCUUCAACUGCGCACGAACAUGCCCCAAGGGUUUGAACCCGGCAGCGGCUAUCGCGAAGAUCAAGCUCGAGCUUGCGGCCGACUAA